GGCACCAGUCUGCUCGCUCCCGACAAUGACACGUACGACAAUCGCAUUUUCAGCUGUCUCGUUAUCUGCCCUGCUGGCCGGGCGAUCCACAGCUACGAGUCGCCAUUGGAGCUGCUGGGAGCACUCCGCGACGCCAUCACGGCGCACAGGUCCCUCUACCUGGAAGGCAAGGUCUUACACCGGGACAUCUCCGAGAACAAUAUCAUCAUCACCGACCCCAAAAGGAAUGACGGUUUCAUGGGCAUGUUGAUUGACUCGGACCUUGCCAAGGAGCUUGGUAGUGGGCGUACCGGUGCGCGGUGUCGCACCGGGACGAUGGAGUUCAUGGCCAUUGAGGUCCUGCUUGGGAUCUCACACACCUAUCGGCAUGAUCUCGAAUCGUUCUUUUAUGUUCUUAUCUGGCAAUGCGCCCGUCGUGGCUGGAAAUUUCUGGGCAACUCCAAGGAGCAGCCGACACGAAGUCUGUUGACAAAAUGGUACACCGGCAGCUAUCGAGAGAUUGCGAGUGCCAAACGGGGGCAUAUGCACGUUGAUGGAUUCGAAGAUAUCCUGGAAGAGUUGCCACAACCGAACUUCGACCCUGUCAAGCAACUUUGCAGGGAGUUGCGACAGAUUUUGUUUCCUUACCGGGGCGGACUCUUUAUUGGGACGCCGAAGGACCCGGAGAUUCUCUAUGGCCCAAUCGUGAAAGCGUUCGACGAGGCCAUUGUUGGUAUGAGGACUCAGAAGAACAAGGUGCUCGAGUCCGAGAUUGGAUUUGUGCAUGGUCCACUGUAG